AUGACCUCCGCGGGGCCUGCAGUGGCCGAGCUCGCCUCGAAGCUCUACGAUGCAUGCGUGAACGAAUUCGCCGCCGAUCACCUGUUCUACCAAAAUGAUUUCCUCAACCUUAAAGUUAUCCCAAAGAACGACGUUGCGCUCCUGCUACAAUGCACUCAGACCCUCGUCAAUCAAAAUCUCUUUCGCCUUCUCCAAAAGGAUGGAAAACUGACAUGGAAGCUCAUUGAUCGCGAGGAUGCUGAGAAGCUCCGCAAUCUCACCCCGGACGAGGCCAUGGUCUACAAUGUCAUCCACUCCACUGAGCGAACAGGUAUCUGGGUGCGCCACAUCGGCACCCGAACGAACCUACACAAGUCUAUCCUCGAUCGCUGUUUGAAAUCGCUGGAAAGCAAAAAUUACAUCAAAUCUCUUCACAAUGUCAAAUACCCCAGCCGUAAGAUGUACAUGCUGGCCGGGCUUGCUCCAAGCGAAGAAGUCACUGGAGGAGCCUGGUUCACCGACGGCGUGCUGGAUGCCAGUUUUAUCAACAGCGUUGCCGGUUACAUCGAGUACACUGUGAGCCGGAAGAGUUGGUAUGAAGUCCCGGCCGCGGACCGCAAGAACAAGCGCAUCAAGACUAUCUCCGGCAAAGCAGACGUCAAGUCCGAGGAGAAAUCAUACCUCCCUUAUCCCCAUGGAUACAAGGGCUACCCAACCGUGGAGACAAUCACAGCCGCCGUGAACGAGAGUGGUAUUACCCCCGUCCGUCUGGGCGAAGAGAGCAUCGUCCAACUCCUCGAAAUGCUCUGCUACGACAACAAGCUUGUUGCUUUGGGCAACGGCGAGAUCUACAGAUCCCUCAAGAACCCAGAUGCCGUCAAGGCGACUCAAUCACGCAAGGCGCCCAUCGAGGGCGACGAUCUCUCCGUUGCGAACAAGCAUCUCGUGAAGAACGGCAUGACCGAAGCCCCCUGCGGCCAGUGCCCAGUGUUCCGACUGUGCGCACCUGGUGGCGCAGUGAGCCCCGAGACCUGCGAAUACUUCGAUCCCUGGCUGAGCAACGGGCUUGGAUUCUAA